AUGGAGAAAACAAAUAAAAUACCAUUUGAGGAGGCCUUAAACAUGACAGGGUUCGGUAAAUUCAAUUAUAUAACGUUACUGGUAAAUGUGCUAGUUAUAUUGGGCACCGUCUUUGAGAUCUACUCCGUGUCCUAUGUGGUGCCAAUGAGCGCUUGCGACCUGAACACCACGGUCUAUCAGCAAGGACUGAUCGCAAGUAUACCUAUGGCAGGUAUCAUUUUCACCUCGUACAUUUGGGGAUACCUAGCAGAUAUAAAAGGGAGACGAAUAAUCGUGGUGUGGUCUUUAUUUUUGUCCUUCUGCUCCAGCACACUGGCCUGUCUAUCGCCGAAUUGGAUAUUUCUGUUCGUUUGCAAAUUUAUGUCUUCAAGCGCGUUAGCUGGUACAUAUCCUUUAGGACUCACUACGCUGAGUGAGUUCACUCCUGCGCAUAAAAGGGCGACGAUGGUCGCGAUGAUCGGCACCGUCUUUACGAUGUCAUUUGGAUUGAUAGGACUACUCGCCAUACCAGUAUCAAAUUUAACCUUCUCGUACCAUAUUUCGUUCCUGAACAUAAACUUGGUGCCGUGGCGAUUACUCAAUUUCCUGACCACGGCUCCAGCUGCUUUGGCCGCUGUCGCAACUUAUCUCAGCUACGAGACGCCUAAGUUUCUUUUAAGUAAUGGUCAGGAGGAAAAAGCUUUGGAAAUAUUGAAGAGAAUGUUCGAGAUUAACACUGGGAAAGGAAGGGAGGAUUAUCAGGUACACUCGUUAUCAUUGGACGAGUCCAGGUCAGAAGAUAGCAAAGGCUUGUGGGGUUCAAUAAAAACGCAGACGAAACCGCUCUUGAAGUUACCAUUGCUGAAGAACACAUUAAUGCUGUCUCUUAUGUUCAUCAUCGUUUACUUUGUAACUAACCCUUUCUACGUCUGGUUGCCAGUAGUUGCAGAUGCCGUUGUUCACACACGGAACAGUGGCAAGACUGGACUUAACCUUUGCGAGACUCUAAGAUAUUCAGAGAAUAGAACCGUUGUCCAGGAAAAUCAAUGUACUUUGGAUAGUUCGGCAAUGUUGGUAGUGUUUGCCGUCACUGUAUUUUUGGGUUUAUUAAAUGCUGUCCUCAGCUCAACUAUUAACUAUAUCGGAAAAAAGAAACUUCUGAUAUGUGUUCAGGUAAUCUCCGGAUUAGCAGGGUUUUGUAUCAACUUUAGUACGAAAUGGGCUUUGAACGGCGCUCUUUAUCUCGUGUUCUUGAUUGGGAUACUAAACUUCGGCUUCUUGUGUACAUUUAGCGUGGAUAUGUUUCCGACUUAUGUUAAAGCAAUGGCCAUCUGUUUGACCAUGAUGAUUGGACGAGGAGCAUCUGUCAUCGGCAUUAACGUGGUUAAGAGUAUGCUGGCUUAUAACUGCGAAUUGGCCUUUUACGUCUUCCCAGCACUGGCGUUCAUUGGAGCCUUCACUGGGUUUAUGUUACCAGGAGAUAAGAAGAAAGAAGAAGUUAGUCCCUAA